AUGGGACGUAACAAGAAGCAGAUGCAUUCAUACGGCUAUUCCGAGACCCAGGAGUCAGUCAUUAUACUCUCGCACACGUUCUGCCUGUUGAAAGAGGCUAACAUCAAACUAGGCUACAGGUCAUUCCUCUCCCUGAGAAGUAUGGUGAAGUGUAGCCGGUGCAACAAGUGGAAGAAUCAUGCCAACUUUUCCAACAAACAGUUGUUGGAUGCUAAGUACGCUAUCAAGGUCAACGGACGCAAUGCCACCUACCGCAUCAAAUGUCGCGGAUGUACCGGUCAGCAAGUCAUGGAGAUCGAAUGCAUGAUGUGUCACGAGACUAAGGGGUUGGAGGAAUAUGCCAAAGUCCAACGCGCUAAGCCAGACUGUGCUAAAUGUAUGGCUUGCGUUGAGAAACAGUUGGAACUGGACGCAGUCGAAGACGACAAAUAUGAAGACCCUCGUGAUGCCUACGAACCCAUCGAUCAUUCCGCCGGCAACUAUCCGGAGUACUGGGGCCAUUCUAAUAUGACUUCCAUUGCUUCUGAUGCGGGAACUCAUAACUUUGAGGGUUCGGAUGAUGGCUCUGAUUCCGGCGGAGGUAUCAACCUCGAUGGAGAUAUGCACAAGCUCUCUCUCAGCACCUCCAACACUAAUACAAAUACUACAUCACUGAUCGACAUCGGAUACUGUGCGCACGGUGGCAAUAACGGAGGUCCUGUCCAGUCUGGUGGGGACGGAUGGGUUAUGGCGGGAGCUAAGUCCUGGAAUUCCAAGUCUCAGACUCAGCUGAGCACCUGGUCGGGCUUCGAUCCGACGGCGUAUGGCCACCCACGAAGUGGCGCUGACUCUGUUGCGGGAAGCGCCAAUACCUUCAACUCCACAAACACCGAACAGACUGAGACUAACAAGAAAGGGUUCGCUAAGAUCAAAGCCUUUAAGGCGCAGCCAAACCCCAAGCCAGUAGUAGAGGAUGACUGGGAAUCUGAGUCGGAGGAGUCUGAUGACGGCGACGAUGAUGAGAGUGAUGUCGAAAUCUAA